GGCAGUUUCCCUUCGAGCGCGACAAACCGGGGGGCUCCUAUAAAAACUGGGAAGGGGAGGUCAGAUUUCCAAAUUUACCUCGCAGGUUAGGCCCUUGAUCAUUCGUUGCUUAGCGGUAGGGGAAAGGUUCCAGGUUUCAUCCACCGAGUCGCGAUUCAGAUAGCAUUCUUUAGGAGAUCUCCGAUCGGAUUUGUGAUUUCUUUACCACCAAGACCAAGAGCAGUAGGGUUUAACAAGCAAAAGCGGGGGAAAUGGCAAUUGGACAGGCUGAGGCGAAGAAGGGGUUCCUUGCCACGAGCUUGAGCUUCUCAAACUGCAGGAGCAGCACCAGAAUCCUGGGGAGGAAGAGGGUUGCCGUCUCACCAGCUCGGGGAUCCAGAAGCCCGCACUCGCCGGUGCGCACCCUGCGCAAGCAGCGCAGCACCCGGCUCCACAUAGACGACACCAUCAGUCUUCUCGAGUCGCUGCCUCAGGACGUCCUGAUUAAAGUGCUGUGCAAGGUGAGCCAUAGUGAUCUGAGGCAGCUCCUCGUUGUGUCGAAACCAGUCAGCGAAGCAACGAUUGUCGCUAGGGAGCUGCAUUUCGCGUUUGCGACGCCGUCCGCGAAGGCUGUCUUCAGGGACCACGGAUGUGGCGAGGAAGAAGAUAGCCCCGGGGCGCCCAAGCAACACAGGGUUGCAGAGUCGCGCCUUCGGGGCAAGAACCUGGCGAGCAUCGCCGUCAACUUGUCGGCGGCGUUCGAAAGCUUGCUCUCUGAGGUUUAGAUACUAGUACGCAGAUCUUCAGUUUUCGCUUGGAUUUGCCCAUGUAUCUAGUAGUGUCAGGUGACAAGGUUUUGUGCCUUUUGUAGCCCACGUCAUAGAGGAACUUUUAGGUAGUGAGAUACUAGUAUACUCAUGUGUCAGUAGGUUAUAUAUACGGUCGUUCUUCAAUGCUGUGAUUGAAGAGCACACGCGAUGCUUCAUUUUUAUCUUUCAUUCAUGUAUCUAUCUUGUAAGUUAUCAGCGUCUGUAAGUAAUGAGCGCGAGUGAGUGUUAGAACUCGGAAGAGAUCUCUCUCCUCUUUUGCGUA